AUGGCCAACAAGAUGCAGAUCCACAAGCCGUACGUGCUGAAGGCAUUCUCGCAUCCGCUGGACCGCCCAGAUGGCCCCGGGCGCCAUACGGUUGGCGACGUCUUCGGCCAGCAGCAGAGCUCCAAGAGGCGCAAGCGGUCAGAGCUUUGCGUUGCCAUUGACGGCGAUGCGGUUCACCUCUACGAUAUACCCUCCUCCCAGGCCGUUACGGCAUACCUCGUCUCGCCGCAGUCCUUCUUUACCUGCGCGCCGUACUCGCUGCGAUGGCGCCCAUCCUCAACAAAAAGCACACUCCGCUAUACAUAUGUCUCAACCCAGGAUUCUGUCUCCUCCAAGAAUGAGGUAAAGUUGUUCCAGGACGCCGUCUCGGAGGCUGGCAACACAACAUCGACGACUUCAUCCUACUCCUAUCGCGGUACCGCGCCAAUCGUUCACAUAUCUGCCACAUCCGCCAAGUACUCUGAUUCUUCUUUGCCGGGUGGUGAUCUACCGAACCACGAGCUUGUUGCUGUCACAGCUGAUGGUACGAUCCUGGGCUUGAGUGGUGAAACAUUAGAGAAGAAAUGGCAGUCGUCGCCGCAGUUGCUUACGCAAGAACUGCCAUCCGGUUCCAAAUCCGAGGUUCAAGUUGAUUUUGUCCAGUCCGCACAGGCUACCGAUGUCAUCGAGGGCAUGUUUGGCGGAAAAAACGAACUCUUUGGGGUGUUCCAAGAAACAAUUCACCGCGAUGGCUUUAACCCAGACAUUCUCAUCCUGGUUACCUCAGUGGAAGGGCCCCAAGGGACAUGGCAAAGAUAUAUUCACGUCGUUGCACUGUCAAUUGGGAAGGAACCGCGCCAGGAAAACCGACAGAGCGUUGUUCCAAUCUUUGCAUCGCCUCUCCCAGUCAAGGCUGAGGCAUGCAAGUAUCAGCUUGAUCUUAGGUCGGGCACCCUACAGGAACUUGCCGGCAGUGUUCUCUCGACAUAUGCGUUCAACUCUGGGAUCCCAAGACUGGAGACCAAGCUCGAGGUCCCUAGUAUGACCUCUUUCCUCCGUCUAUCGAAGACAUCGAUCCUCGCCGCCACAGCGAGCUCCCUUUCUGUUUAUAACCCUCUCUACCACUCCCUACAGGCCUCCACUCUCAUUGAAAUUAGAGACGCAUCUCAGCCACAACCUGGACUGUCUGCAGAAAACAACGAUCUCUCUUGCGAGCUUGUCGCCUACCUUGCGAGCCGAGAACUAGCUGUUGGUCUCCGGGGAACAUCUCUCAUUGCGGUCCAGAUCGAAGUGCCCAAGAGUCGCAGCAGCAAGCGACGCGCAGAAGGUUUACUAACGGACGCUAUUCGACGUGGAGUGGCUCGGGAACAGUUUUGCGAAAAGAGAAACCGAGCAGAGCACGCCUCAUCAAACAUCAUUGCGGAUUCCUUACCGGGGUCUUUGUCCAACAUAUAUUGGGUAGAAUGGAAGAGCGAGAGUGCAAAGGCUGACGAGCUUCUUCAAACCAACGACAUGAGCGGGUUCGAGGAGCUCUUAGCCGGAGUUUUCAAAAUCCAAACCAAGAGCAGGGAUAUGAAGCCGAAUAGGAUCCAUCCCGAAAACAACUUUGCCCCGGUAACUGAACCCGAAAGUGUCUCGAAUUUUCUAGAGUGGGUAUGGCCAAGCUCGCGAGCCGAUUAUCCCCAAGUGGAUAGGCGUUGGGUGUUCUAUGCCAUCAGCAGAGUCUUCUCUUGGAACAGUCCAACCAGUGAUCCAGAGACAUCGCAGAUGGCAUGUCGGCUACCAGAGAGCAACGUGCUAAACUAUCUCGUUGAUGCAGGCCAUCUAUCGUUGCCGAACAUCAAGUCUGCGUUCCAGGAUGAUAUACGCGACGAGGAAGAUGUUGACAGCAUCCUCGGAGAGCAACUAGCCCCCAUCUUGGUGCAGGUCGACCCCACCAUGGAGCUGCUACUCGGCUAUCUCUCUGGCACGCAACUUGGCCCCACAGAGCUUGUCUCUGCUAUCAAGUUGCUUUUACGGAGCCUUGACCUGCUGGAAGAUCCUUCAAAAUCCAAGCUAUUGCGAAUCAAGGAGAACAUGGAGCAAGAGCAUGACGGAAACAACGACGAUGUCAAUAUGGAGCUUGACCGAGCCGAGGAGGAAUUGCAGAUUACAGAGUAUUAUCUCGACAGCGACUCCAGCAGGCGGGCGCGGGGCUUGAGUGUGGCAUUCAGCAAAUUGGUCGUGUGCCCGGCACUCGCGACAGUUCAAAGCCUGAGACGACAAUUCAAGCCCGAAGAGACCAUUUGUCUCAUGAACGUCCUGCGGAUGGAGCUCAUCAAGGAUGGCUGGACAACUCGCUAUCUAGAUAGGUCCCAGGUUGACGAAGACGAUGUUGAAGCCCCGCCAGACGGUAGCAUCCGGCUAAUUGCCGACCUUAUGUGCAGAUGUAUUGACUCUGUGGGCCUGGGUGGAUGGAUGGCGUUCGACACAAUGCUCGCGAACUGGGGCAAUCAGCAAGACUCUGCGGACUUCUUUGGUCAGUUCCAAGCCGAAAUAAGCGUGGCUCUGGAAGGUAUCCUGGAGGCAGUGCGUCUGCAAGGCGCUUUAGCCGAGGCGGUCAGCUAUGCGAAGAAGGCAAGGAAGGCUAUCGCAGAUGCUGGGAAAAACAAGGUCGCGGCUGUCCAAUUGACAGAGGAACUACCCCUUGGACUGAAGACUGACUCCAAGAUCUCGGUGGAGAGGGUGAGGUCCGGAGCCGAAAUCGUCCCGCGAAGCCGCAGGCAAAUCGGGCUCUUUGUCAGCAAGAAAAGGAGGUCGUACUCUGUUCAUAGGAUAUCGGAGGAGAGUAUGUUGAGCGGGUCAGGCCCUACGAUCGUCCAAGAGGCCGUAUGA